AUGGGUGCCUGCACAAGCAACGAAGAGACAAGAAAAAUAGAAUACUCCGCAUGGGUCGGAGACGAAAAGGAAGGUGAGUCCAGGAUUUACCGCCAUCCUAAGUACGUCAACGGUUUGCUGACAGGCCCAGGGCCAAGCAUUCACACUAUCUUCGACGCUAUCAUCAAUGCGUUUCAAAGGUUUCCGAAUAACCGCUUCUUAGGCACUUUUAGAGAGGACCACUAUGAUUGAAAAAAUUAUCGAGAAAUCAACGACCUUGCCAAAAAUUUCGGGUCUGGGCUUAUUGCGCUAAAUUUGACUCCUAAAGAAAAGCAUGGGCAUCGCAGACUCAGCUUCUUAGGUUUAUACUCAAAAAAUAGGGAAGAAUGGGUUAUUGCUGAUAUGGCUUGCAUUCUUUACAAUAUCACUACAGUCCCUUUUUAUGACACCUUAGGGGAGGAGUCAAUGAAAUUAAUUUUAAAUCAGACCAAAAUGCAUACCUUGUUUUUAGCUCACGAAAAAAUAGAAAAAGUGCUGGCAUUAAAACGUGAAGGUUUGGCAGAGUAUUUGGAGUAUUUAAUAGUUAUGGAAAGAGCAAGCGACGAAGAUCGUGCCAAUGCAAGAGAAGCUGGGAUUCAAUCUAUCUUACUAUAGAGAAGUUCCUGCACGCUGAAGUGGUAUUCAUCUCCAUUAUACUCUAUAGUUUGCUUGCCAGUCCUGGCACGGCUUUACACUGUGUUGUUCCUCAUGAUUGAGGUAAUGCACUCACUAACCAAGAAUAAGAGACUCUAGGACAUCAUGCUUCGUGUCAACGGGUUGUCUUGCAAAAAAUUCUUAAAUAAAUUUUCUGUGGGUCGUUGACCAAAAUGAAACUCGAAGUCUAUGACAUAACGCCUUUUAUCGCGCAGGGAAAAAUUGUCCGAUAGUCCAAGAACUUCCUCUGGUUGUGUUGGGCGAUCGUUUUAAAACUGUGACGUUCCAUCUCCCCAAAUAUAAAAAGUUAAUCCGAAAUGAGUAUGCAGUCAGCUUAUCCCAGAAUUGUAUUCCAUCAAAUCAGCAAUGGGCAUUUCUGACUGCAGGCGCUAAGAGGGCAGGUGGUGUAUCAUGUCAUUUUAACAUGCAUGAGAAGCCGGGAUAACUUUGUACGAUUUCCAAGACAUUUUAGCACAUGGCGCCAAAAAUCAAGCAGAAUACAACCCACCGUCGCCUGAUGAUAUUUUUACUCUGACUUAUACAAGUGGGACCACCGGGAAUUCUAAAGGCGUGAUUACGACUCAUUUAAAUAUUGUUUCAAGCAUGGCAGCUGCUUUUCAGGUUUUCACACCACAGCCUUAUGAUAUCCAUAUUUCAUAUUUACCUCUAGCCCAUGUGUAUGAAAGGUAUUUUAUGCUUGCCAUGACUUAUGCAGGCGCUUCUGUUGGAUUUUAUAGAGGCGACCCUUUGAAGCUUAAAGAUGAUUUAGCCUUGCUGAAGCCUUCGAUUUUUGCGAGUGUUCCUAGGGUGCUAAAUAGAUUUUAUGAUUUGAUUAAUAGCAAUUUAUCAAAACAAACAGGGUUUAAAGCAAAAUUGAUUAAAAAAGCUUUAGCUGCGAAACUUGAAAAUUUGAGGAGCAAAGCAGAAUAUCACCAUAAAUUCUAUGAUUCAUUAAUCUUUAAAAAAAUCAGAAGAAUGCUUGGAAAUAAUAUCAGGGUUGUUGCCACUGCUUCAGCUCCCAUUUCUCCAGAAGUCCUGGAAUUUAUGAAAAUUGCCUUAUGCUGCCCAAUUCUUGAAGGAUAUGGCCUUACUGAAACAUCUGACACACAAAUAAAAUGGCGAUUUAAUCAAAUGCCUUAUUCUGGGCUGUUUAGAGCUUAUGGCCAUUCUGCAGACAGAAGCCAAACUGAACAGAAAAUGGAAAAUAAUUAUGUUUCAGUAGGGCUAUACCUCACUCGUCCGUCAAUGAAGUGUCUUUCUGCUGAGCAUUUGCGAACAAAGCAUUUUAUCUUUUGAGGCAAUUUGUGCAAACGACAAAAGUAUUGUUGUUGAAACUAUAACUAGCUAGGGAGUUUAUAUCUAGUAAAGCUUCAGUCACUAAAGCAGCUGCUGUCAAUUUCCUAAAUCCUGUACUCCAAGCCAAGCAGAGCUAUCUCUGAUGGAUGGCUGACAAGCAGGGGCGUUCGUCUGCAGCUGAGCAAGCUUCCCUAAAGGCUUGCCUUGAUCAUGAUAUAAAAGGAGACCCGAAUCUUUAAUCCUACUCCUACUGAAACAUCUGGCCCUACCACUAUCACUCACGACAAUGACCCAGAAUCCGGACACGUCGGCGGUCCUUUAGGCUGUGUCGAAUUAAAGCUUGUAGAUAUCCCUGACAUGGGCUAUACUUCUAAUUAUGUAGACGAAAAGAUGAAAAGAUGUCCAGCAGGUGAAGUAUGCUUCAGAGGGCCUUGCAUAACCACAGGCUAUUUUAAGCUAAAAGAAUUGACAAGCGAAGUUAUUGAUGAAGACGGUUGGUUCCAUACUGGAGACGUUGGACUUAUAAGGAGUAAUGGCUCAUUAAAACUCAUUGACAGGAAAAAAAAUAUUUUUAAGUUAGCACAAGGAGAAUAUGUGGCUCCAGAAAAAAUAGAAAAUGCUUAUGUUAAAAGCCAAUAUGUCGCUUUAUCAUUUGUGUAUGGGGAUUCUUUGCAGAGCUUCCUUGUUGGGAUUGUGAUUCCGGAUAGGAAUGAGUUGGAAACUUGGGCUAAAGAGCAUGACAUAAAAGGAAGCUGGGAAGAAAUUUGUCAAAACCCGACAGUUGUUGAGAUGGUGCUGAAUGAUAUGAAUAGAAUUGGAAAAGAAUCAAAACUAAAUGGAUUUGAAUUGAUAAGAAAGCUUUAUUUGCACCCAAAUAUGAUAGCGCCGGGUACGAUGUUUUUGACAGACACUUUUAAGAUUAAAAGACAUGAUGCAAGAAAAUUUUUCCAAGAAGUGAUUGAUUACUUAUAUUCUUCUAACUAG